UAUGUUAUGACUGCUGGGAAGAAAAUUAUUGACGGCCUUUAUCGGCUCGACGUUUUUUAAUGCCCCAAACGAGCGGGUGCUGAAACUUUCAUGUGUAAAUUCUGGCGAAAAUGCGUCCAUAGAUUAAUCCGCACGGCGAAACGGCCAUUUCUUAUGCCUGAAGGAUCGUCAAUCUCUUUUGACAUGGAGGGCCUGAGGAAGAAUUGAUGUUUCGGGUGGGGAGGCCGGAGGGCGCGCUCCACACGCUCUCCUCGCGCACCCAUCUUGCCGUUGCCGUCUGAUCGCUCUUCAGCAGCCUUUGUUUCCUCGUUGGUACAUCGGUUGCGCCUGAGAACUGGGUCGCCCGUUGAUGGGCAACGAUUGUUUGCGUCAUAGCAGUUGUUAGCAGCGGUGGUGAUGGAAGGAGAGGUAGGAAUGUCGACGUACGCAGAAGGCGACGCGGAAGCUUGUGCAAUUGGAAGCUCUUCCGAAGAAGCAGCGAAUCAUUCAUCUGGCGAAGUGCCAAGAAACGAUGGAUCGGCCUGGAUCCGGGAACAAGACGCCAUUUCCUCCUUAGACGGAAAUGGUAUCGAUUUGCCGAGGGACAAUGGCGAUCACGAUCAUCUCGUGCAAACGAUCCUCGAACUGAGGUUUCAGAACGAGUACUUCAAGACCCAGAUACAGAAUCUUCAGGUUCACUAUCUCCGGGGCCGUGAGGAUCAUGUCGAGCACGGGGCGGUCGAAAAUGGGGAGGCGGUUCCCUUUGGGGAUUCUACCGAAUUGCGCGAGAAGGUCCGGAUUCUCAGUCAGCAGAUCAAGGAACAAAAGGAGACGCAGAUUGCGGCGGAUGAUGCCUUGACGCAUUUGAGAUCAGCUUGCGACGAAGCCGAUGCCAAGGUUGCAGAAUUGUCAGCUAAACUUAUGGAAGCUGAAAAAAUAAAGGACCGAGAAAUACGUGAGCGUGAUGAAAAGUACUCAGAGCUUGAUUCAAAGCUCGGAAGACUCCACAAACGUGCUAAGCAACGUAUUCAAGAGCUGCAAAAGGAGAAAGAUGAUGUUGAAGCUAACCUCCGUGAGGUGAAUGAGAAGGCUGCACAAUUGUCAUCGCAACUUGCAUUAGUGCAGCAGGAACUCGAACGUAACCGUCAAAAAGCUAGUGAAGCACUUCGGUCUUUAGAUUCUGAGAGGCAGCAGUUGCGGACUACAAAUAACAAGCUUCGUGAUAAUCUGGAUGAAUUGCAUCGCUCCGUAGAGGCUAAGGAGACUGCUCUGGAAGGAGUGCAACAAGCACUUGCUGAGAAGGAACAGAUGUUACAUGACAUGCAAGGUCUACUGCAAUCCAUGGAUGAAAAACGUCAAGCUUCAAUUGUUGAGAUUAGUUCAAAGCACCAAAAGCAAGUGGAAAGUUUAGAAGCUCAACUUGCUGAUGCAAUUACUGAUAGAAGUAAAGCUGCAGAAACUAUUUCGUCAUUGCAGGCAGUAAUUGCUGAAAAGGAAUCACAAAUUGCAGAGCUGGAUGCAGCAUCAAGUGGUGAAGCUGCAAGACUAGGAGUUGCAUUGGAGGCAGCAAAAGGAGAAGUGGUGAACCUCAAGAAUGAGCAUGAGAAAGAAAGGGACAACUGGGAAGCUUCUAUUCUGGCACUGAAAGCAAAACUGGAGGAAUCUGAGAAUGGCUGCUUGCGCUCUGAGAUUGAAUCAGCAAAAACUAGAAGUGAGCUAGAGUUACAGUUGGCUGUUCUAAAUCAGCAGUUAAAUGCCAAAGACUCCGAACUCUUGGCUGUGAAGGAUGAGGUUAGCAACUUAGAAAAAGAAUUUUCCUCUUACAAGGUUCGUGCACAUGCUCUCCUUCAGAAAAAGGAAGCGGAGCUAUCUGCAGCUAAGGAGACACAGCUCAUUCAAGCCCUUGAGGCAGCAGUAAAGGAAGCAGAAACAGAACUUGCGGCAGCAACACUGGAUAGGGAUCGUGCCUAUCAAGAUCUUAAUGAUUUUCAUAGUAAGCAUGAUGAAGAAAUUAAUGCAAGAGAUAAGGCUCUUAGCAUUGCUGAGAAAAAAAUCAGUGACAUGGAAGCAAAUCUUAGUUCUGUUAGAUCACUUCACUUGUCUGAGAAAGAAGCAUGGCAACAGAGCCUCAAAAAUAUGGAGCAAACUUGGAGAUUAAAAUGUGAAGCAUUGGAGGCACAAGUAAAUGAAGCAUCUGAAAAGAGCCUGGAAAAAGAGUUGGAGAGUUUUAAGCUGCAAUAUAAACAGUUAAAGGAAGAGCAUGAUUCUUUUCGUGAUAUUGCUGAAAAGAUGGUUGAUGUGAAAGAUAAGGAGAUAGCUAAACUAUUGGAUGAAAAAGACAAUCUUCAGCGUACAAUGCACGCCAGACCACAAAUUGUACACAACGACAGUUAUGACACACAACAAACAGAUCUUGUGAAGCACGAAAGCCCAUUAUCUGAUGCAUCUGUAGCAGAACAACAGAUUCUGCUGUUGGCUAGGCAACAAGCUUUGAGAGAUGAGCAACUUGCACAAUCGCAGCGCCAUAUCUUGGCACUUCAAGAAGAAAUUGAAGAGCUUGAACAUGAAAACCGACUCCACAGCCAACAGGAAGCUAUGCUUAAGGCUGAACUCCGUGAUAUGGAGCGGAAGCAAAAGCGUGAAGGCAUAGAUAUGACAUAUCUCAAAAAUGUGAUUUUGAAGCUACUUGAAACGGGUGAAGUGGAAGCCUUACUGCCUGUUAUAGCUACUUUGCUGCAAUUCAGCCCCGAUGAGGUAAAGAAAUUGCAAGAUACUUACAAAGCUGUUGCUGCUUCUGCCGAUAUUGCAUCACCUGGAUCCCGAUCACUGUUGUCAAGAUUCUCAUUUUCAUAGUGUCGGAAACUGAAAACAUCUUUACUUGAACAUGAUUCAUCAUUCUUGUGGAUGCAAAUUAAAAGUUUCCACAAUACCCGUGCAAUUGAAGAACCCUUUCACUGGAGUACUCAUACGAUGAAGGUUUACAAAUAGAGUUUUCGUUCUGCUGCAAAAUCACAUGUAUUUUCUUGUAACACUUCUCUGUAUUCCAAAAGCAUAGCUGUAGCGACACCUUGUGAAAGAGCCUACACAAAUUCAUGAACAGCGAGGAAGAAAAUAACAGCCUAUUCAUGGCAGUGCUAAUGUAGAUAAAUUUAUAUACAACAUUCUGUACUCA